AUGGUUGCUCUUCUCCAGUCGUAAUGGUCCUCGGCGCCCCCGCUGCUGUUCAUGAGCACCGCAGUUGCCACCCCACCAAAGCUUCCUCUGGUCUGUGCCGGCCGGGCUGCUCGAGCGGGAGUGCAAAGGAGCGGCAGCCACCACGGAGGAGGCGGCUGCGCCGUUCUGGCUGCUCCAUCGAGUAAGGCCGUUGCCAGGAGCUGCUUCGCGCCAUCGUCGGUGGCAUGGUGGCAACCGGGAGUGUGGUGGAAGGCGGCGAAGCACGCCGAUACCACCGGCGUGGUGGUUCGGGCCGUUCUGCUGCGUCGGCUCGGCCCGUAUGUAUGGAGCAUGCUCCGGCGUCUGAUGAUCGGCUGUUGUAUCGUAGUGGCCUUCUGCACGCUAGCAAGGUCGUCCGAUGAGCGGCGCUCAAAUUCUGUCAAGCUGGACUUCAUUCGUGAGGUCCUCCCCCCGUUCUUUCUCUUGAGGGUGUUUUCUCUUCUGUUGAUCCGAGGCAGGACAGGAGGUACAACACCAACACGGCACGACGGCUACGGCUACGGUUACGGGAGGCCUCUGGCCAGUGGUGAUGCCGGUGUUCAGCGAGGUCCUGGCGGCACGCGACGUGGCUGGCUGCUUACAGCUGAGCUCGCGCUCUUGGCCGUGAGCAGCGACCCGCGAAUCCCCAGAUCCAUGCUAGCUAAAGAUUCCAGGGUUGAUCCUUCUUGCGGCGAGGAAGGGGCGCGUGCAUUGGCGGGCGAAUGGUGGUGGGCUGCAUCACUUAUGGGUGUGCGACGAAGGCGUCAGCGACGACAAGCGGGACGUGUUGGUGGUCAGUUCACAGAAAGGGCACGACAUGGUGUUCCCCAAGGGCCAGUUGCGCUUGACGAGUCCAUGGACAACACGGUCCAUCGCAAGGCCGAGGCCGGCGACUGCGCUGACACAGGCAAGGUGCUCCGCUGCUGGCACUACGAGAGAGGCCUCGACCUCAAGUGCUGCUCUCCUCUCCUUUGCUCUCUGAAAUCAAUUGAUCACUAUUUCGUUUUGCAUAUAUUUCGUUUUCAGGCAGAGGAGCACCGGCAAAUCAAUCUGAAGUAUUUAUCAUAAUGACACCAUCUCACCAAAAAGCUUCUUUUGAGAGUACCAUGUCAGGUCUAUGUGGUGUGGUCGUUUAUAUGUGACACCACAGGUACGCAUGGGAUACUGGGCUCACAUAACUAAUUAAUAAUUCAUAACAUUGAGUUGCAAAUUAACUGCAUGUCAUGUUUCAGUUGAUCAUGCUGCAACCAUACAAUCCAUGGGCUACAGCUUAGGGCACUGCAUAUGAUUUCACAUGAUGUUCUGUAUAUGGGGUUGCAUGUGGAUUAAUUAGUUCCUCCGUGCCCAUCAUGGUCAAUG